AUGCUUCUGAAUUCAACGCUGAAGCUUGGGUACUUGGAGGGGUCUAUGCUGGAAGAGCUGGGCAUCCGGGCAGAGUCCCGGCGCCCAACCCUGAAGCUAGAUGAGAAGGGCUUUGAGGUGACGGCAGCGCCACGUGCCAGCCGUACAUCCUCACGACCGAGCAGCAACCAGAGCCACGGUGGCCCUCGAAAAGACUCGUCGCUAACCCGGAGCAUAUCUAAAGAUUCCAAAGAAAGGCCUGCCUCUCAAGCGGGGAGAGGGUCCCUGAAGGGGAUGCGUGAAAGCAAACAGAUGCAGCGAUCGCUUUCGAGGGAAGCGCUGGAUCCACAGAAUGCUCCUGGAGUAGUCGAGUCAGAGCCCACGCCGUCUUGGCAGCCUUUAGAGUGGACUCGCCCACCUCAAAAAGAUGUCCGCAGAGAGGGUGCCUCUCUCUACUCCGUUAGCACGCCCGCGACACACGGGUCAAGAGAGCAUCAGCCACACCUCGUGCGCACCACUCGCAUAGAGCCAGCGGCCAAGGGAUACGCGAAUAGGCGACCACCUGUGCCACCGAAGAAGGUGGAACAGAUCGUCGUGACAGAGAAAGACCUGCGUCGCUGCGGGAGUGAUCUGCAGAAGCUACGCGAGUGCAGCAUCAGCACACCAGCAAAACCUGUGGAAGAUGUCCCGAAGCUAGCUCCUGUCGAAGAAACUCGGGACUUCGAGCUCUCCUUUAAGAGUAACUUCGCGAAGAUCUGCAGGGAAGGUGCUGACACCAGGGAUCCUUGGGAGGGCCUGGGCCACCCAGAUGAACUCCGCGAACUGACCGUGGAGGACCUUGUUCUCAACCAGGUCUACAUCCACGCGCUCUCUCCGCGAAAGAUCGAGUUCGAUGCCAACAGCUCCCCGGACCACGGACGCAAGCCCAAGCUACUGCGGAGUGCGAGUGCCUCAACCCGGGCCAGCUCAGCAGACGUGGCAUUGCAGACCUGGCCGAGUGAUGAUCGGCGUGAGGGCCGCCGUGCGCGUCUCCGGCCCGGUCUUCCUCCGUCUCGUGAAAGGAACAAAUGGUACACCAGCAAGCGGGCAUCAAGCCUGGGCCCACAAGAUUCUUCGACGGAGGGGGCCGAGGUGGGCACGCAGGGCGCGCAGCCCACGAGGAGUCCAAUUCAGCCGAUCAACAUGGAGACUCCUCGAACAACCAGGGAAGAGGAGACCCCUCCGCACAAGCGUGCUAUGAGGAACUUUCUGAAGGGCGCAGCAGGGCGUGGGGAGACGAGGGCAGUCUGGCUGGCGCUUGACAGAGCUACGGGCGAGAUCCAGGUCUUUAAGAAGGAGGCCGGCGAACGCUUGGAAGCCGCUUUCCGUACCGGCCGGACGAGCGUGCCUCUUGCUGGCUUGGAAGAUGCCCUGGAGGGAGCCAUUGUGUGCUUUGACAAGACCCCUCAGAGCUUUGCGCACGUACGACGUAUGGAUGGAUCUGAAGCAGACGUCCAGCGUUUUGAAGUGACGGCAUACAGUUAUGAGAUGACCGUUGGAGUGGUUGGGCCGCCACAGGGUGCCGACGAGUGGCGGUUCGCUGGCAAAGAUGAGCCUGGGCAUGAAAGGCUUCUCCCUCUCCUGGGCACGGAGCUCGUGAGACCGCCUUCGCCAACCUUGCCUCCAGUAGGCCGUAAUCGGCAAGUGUAUUUCAUCAAUGCCGGGGCUGACUGGGCUGGCUGCGACUCCUACUGA